AAAAUAGAAUUUGACCUUAUCACCCCGGAAACGCUUGGUUAGGUCGACCUUCGGGAUGUUUUCAUCCGUUUAAGAAGGAUUACUGCAAUUUUUUUGGAAAACAGGUUUAUACUCAAUCCGUUUUAUUUAAGCGGACUCUCUUCAGUCACACCAGUUUGGUCUCGAACCCGCUUCAUGGUUCCGGCGGUGCUUUAGCUGCUAGCAUUAGCACCCACGCUGCUCCACACGCACAAUGUCAGCAGCUCCCGAGUCCGCCGCCGCCUCCUCCUCGUCAAAGUCCGUCCAGGCGUUAAAGAACUGCUGGGGCUGCAGAAUGGUCUCCGGAGGGGGUCUGGUCCUGUCUGGAGCUUAUGUGUUCAACGCAGCCCGCAGGGUGAUGCGGCAGGGGGGUCCUACCUCCAUGGGGACGGUGGCGCAGAUCACCUUCGCUGCCUGUCUGGCCGCCUGGGGACUGGUCAUCCUCACCGACCCCGUAGGAAAAUCGCACAGGAAGACCCCAGAAUGAGGAGCAGCUCGUUUUAACUGGACAGUGUGGACAAAAAGAGACUCGCCCUGAGGACCAGCAGACGUGUUUGAUGCUGGAACAUCUCUCGAAGCAAAAAAAAAAAAAAAAAGCUGCCCGAAACGUCUGCUGUCGUUGAUUUAGAUUGUUUUGGCUGUGUGAAUAGUCACUGCAUAGAAGCUUUGCAUUCAAUCUAAUCCUGUAAUGACUAUGUAUCCACAACUAAUAGAACAAGAUAAUACCAGACCAAA